GUUUUGGUUGAGGUUUGUUUAUGGCUCUUCAGACCGCUGUGUAUUGCUAUCCUGCAGUCGUUACCAAAGUUGGUAUAACUAGAGAAGCAAGCGGUCAGCAACAUUCAUCUCUCGGGGGGUGUCGAACUCGGUGUUACGGUGUGUUUGACCCUAAAUUAAUUUUACGCUGGAAUAUCUCUUUAAUAAUCAACCUGAAUAACCAGCUGAUUAAGUGGAAGAGUCUCAUUUUGUCUCUUUCAUAUGUCACUACAAUGUGAUGGGAGUCUAACUUUUGCACAGAUGGCGACAGCCGUGGACCUCGGAAGGAAGAUGCUUGCAAUGCACAAUAAGCCAUUUCAUACUGGAGUAACCAGGUGCACACGGAGACGCACACAGCACACUCCUGCAGCUGUCAGCACUGUGAAUUGUAGCAGUUAUAGUGAGGGGCUGCAUGCUAUUGUGAUCAACAAAAGCUGCUGUGAGCCUGCUCGGUGUGUGGAGCUGUACUGCAGGACUGUGUGUGCAAGCAAGAAAAAAAAAACAUCUAUUUUUACUCAACUGUUUUCACGAACAACUGCCUUGUCUUGUAGGAGAGUUUGUUUUUCAAUCUUGGGUGUUGGUGUGGAAAUCUGCACGACGGUGAGCUUACAUGAUAUUCUCUGUCGCCGCACCUAUUUUUGUGAAGUUAAAUAUGCAGCUUUAUGAGCUUGUGGAUGCAAGCUGAGACAAAGAAGCAAACAGUCUCUUUAAUCUGACAGGGAGCGUGUGCUUUUGUUGGUUUAUGGAAAUUACACAGCACAGCAGAAAUAAUAGUGACACUGGCUUUGGCAGUGCUGUACAACAGGGAGCUGACAGACAAAAAAGACAUGCAGAGACAAGUGGGAGAUAUAGUGAUACAAUGAAAAGUAGCUAAAGAUUUGAAGAAAAACCAGCAAAGUAGAAUAAAACGCAGGGAGUUAAGCAUGGAGGACAGUUUCACUUUCAUAAUUUUGUCAAGAUUCAAACCGAGCGAUUGAUCAGACUGAAUCGGCUGCAGAGAGAGGCUGUGUUAAACCUCCAGUACACAUUUACAAGCCCAUAAAACUAGAGCUUUUUCUCAUUUGUUAAAACUGAUUUAUGUUCUCAUUAGAGCUCAGUUCUCCAGGAAAUAUGCUCUGAAAUUCCUAUCAUCAGAGUGACUGAACACAGAAGUCGGAUAACAAGAGUUUCUCUGCUAAUAAAUUGUCUUUGAGGCUUUAAAAGUUACAGCCUUCAAUUAAAGAAAUGAUAGAAAGCAAGUCAGCAACCCCAUGAUAAAAGGAAUAGCAGAAUCGUUAAUUUUGAAGAUUAAAUACAUGAUUCAAACUCUCAAAACAUGUUUAAUUAUGAAAAAGGUCUUUCUGUUUUAAACAAAGUCUGCUAAAUGUCAAAGUUUGUUGUUUUCAAUGCUUCCCUGUCAAGCAGUGUAAUAAAAUGAUAUACUAUGAUAAGAUGCCUUUAGGGCCUGUGCACACUGACAGAAUUUUUUCUUUAGUUACAGCCCUCAGUUGGAGAAAUGAUGGAAAGUAAGUCAACAACCCCUUGAUUAAAGAAAUAACAGAAUGAUUUAUUUUAAGGAUUAAAUGCAUAAUUUAAACUCUGAAAACAUGUUCAAUUGUUAAAGAGGCUUUUGUGUUUCAAACAGAAUAUGCUAAAUGUUGAAGUUCUUAAAUGCCGAGAUCAGACUACACAAUCUUUCUGUCUGUCAUGGUGGUCGCAGCACAAGAAGGGGAUCACAGACUGAUGCUUUUUUAUAUUGUUGUUUUUCAUUAAACAGGUGUCAGCAAAGCAGCUGGAGGAAGAGACCUGUUUGUUUUACUAAUUUCAAGAUUAAAUAAUCACAAUAAAUUAUACGUUUGCAGAAUGAGACUUUUUAUCAAAAGACUCUAUUUCUGCAUGUUGCAGACAAGAUAAGCAAAGACUGUUUUGACCACAAGGGGCGCCAAAGUUGACACAAACCAGCUACUCACAAGAGCUUUGAGGUAAAAAGGUCCUAGCAAGCUAUGACUGUCUGAUCAGGCUAUCAGUGUGCUGACAUGGCGUAGUCUGACUUUGACAUAGUAUGCUGCUUUCAUCGCUGCAGUGACAGGGUACAGUAUAAUACAAUGAUCUAGUGUGAUAAUAUGGUCUUAGGGCCUGUGCCCACUUACAGUGUUUUGCAUUUUGGUUAGUAGCAUCCUCAAUGUUUCAAACCUCAUUUUUAUGAAAGAAUUAAAAGUUGUUCUUGUUGUGGAGUUGCUGCACUGUUAACAUUUUGAAGCACUAGUUAAGCUUAGGAAAUAAGCACUGACAAGACUAAGUGGACACAGGCCCUAAAACUUGUAUUUCCUCUAAAUAUCCCCAAACUUAUAAGGAUUCAAAUGAGAUAUUAAAAAAUACUUCCUUGUUUGUAGCCAUGCGCUCACGUAAUAAUUAAUUAAUUGUCACUCCCAGUUUUACAUUCGUUUAAUCUGAUGGUUAUGAUCACCGUCCUGCGCCCUAUCUCAGAUGAGAACUGUUGACUGAUCCAUCCACCUUUGCAUAGACCGAUCACAGUUUGUGACUCGUGACUUCUGGUGCCCGAGCUCUAACUUUGAACUGCUGAACCUGGCACAACUCUUCGUAACCUCCGGGACUCACCUGCCACCUGUCUUUUUAACAGACAAGGGUCAGUUGGCUUUAGCUGUGAGGCGCCAGGCCAAGCCAAUGAUGACAUUCAUUGCAAUGUGUCUGUACGCCGGCCAAACCUUGACAGUCCUCUCCUGUUUGCAGCAUCUUUAGCAGCUAAACUGUCUCCUUCCUGUGACAGGGGACCAAAGAGUGAGCUCUGUAUUUCAAGGUUUUUUCUGUUCUCUGUACUUUUACAAUUUCUUCCUAAUCUCUGUGGUUAGUAAACCCAAAUUUCUGUUUACACCUUCACAUUUUAGCCAUUUUUACUGUCGCUACACCGCUGAUUUAUUCCUUAUUCUAUUUUCGCGACGUUAAAUCAAUACUAAAAUGAAAAAAAAAGCACAACAGUUGCCGCACUUUAAGAAUAACUGGAAAAGCUAUGUGUUGUCCCUGAAUUGUACGAGCUUCAAGGGCACGUUUUCGUAAUUGAAAAUUCUCAGUUGUAUGUCCACUAAUCAACUUGAAGCUUUUAGUUUUUAGCUUGAUACGUUGGUAAACUCUUCUCCUUAUCCUUUUUUUCUUCUUUUAUUUGAUGAACACAACAAAAAAAAAAAAAAAACAUUACACACCAUUUUUAGCACCUGUCACAAUCCCAGGGAAGAGGGAAAUGAGACCUUGGACUGUUACUUGAGUAAAGAGAUAAUGUGGCAACAACUCAAAAAGAAAAACUGAACAAUAUAACAAACCUGAAGCCGGCUAAAUAGAGUGAAAGGAUUUAAAACUUUACAACACAUUAAGACAGGAAGUGUGGAAUAACAACUUCUUCUUCUUCAACCUUCCCAUGUUGUUUUCUCCGAUUGCUCCGGAUUACACAAUUCAUUGACAUUCUCUCCAGUUGAUAGUGAUUUCCUAUUCAGGCCUUUGAUGCGGGCCAGAUUUAAACAUUCUGUUUGUGCAGCGUCCAUACCUUUGGUCUGUCGAGCGCUUGGCAGGAUCGGAGGCUGACGAGCCAAGCGAUCGUCACCUCCUCCUGAAAAGAGCCAGGGGUGCGCGAGGUUCAGGGUGUUCAAAGCGCCGCCGUCCUCCUUCAUCUUCCUGUUUGAUUACAUUAGCGUAGAAAGUGAUAUAGAUGAAAAGAAACGGCUUUAUUUGUGAAGGUAUGGGCGGAUUUUUCUUUAAAAUGUUAUCUCUCGUGUCAUUUUGAGACUUAUUGGAUCCAUUAUGUUAAAGUUUAAUAAAAUUACACUGAGGACACAUUUUCCCAGGGUAUUAUGAGAAAGCAAAUAUACACAGGUCGCGUAUACUCCAUGUGAUAAAUAUUCAUACUAGGUAACUAAAUGUGAGCUGAAUCCCUCAGGCGCACUGAGAUUUUAGUGCAAUUUUUAUCCCCUGGCUUUGUUUCCUCCACAAUGAUGUGUGUGUUUUUCAUGGAGAUUUCGCAGUAUUUCAGGUAAUUGCAUGCGCUCACUCUUGGGGAAAAAGGGGUAAAAAGGGCACAGUUGCCCCAAAAUUACCAGAGAGACUCAGCGGUAUAUUUCUUUGAAGAAUUUGAUUUUAGAAAUUCACCUGUAAAAGAAAGAUUCUAGUUUUUAAACCAGAAAAGAUUGGCUUUACUCUCGACUCCUGACACAAGACGUAGCCUGGGAUUAGAUCAGAAAUACUUUACCCCGAUAAAUCCAAAUGUGUCGACCUUUCACCUCUUUUCCACACACUCUGUUUCAUAAGCUUAUAGAAGGUAAUGCUAUAUUUCCCAACAAGCUCCUCUCUCUGUCUUUGUCCCUUUUCAUUUUAUUCCUGCAUAGAUUAAGAUUUAAUUUGCACUUCUUUCAAUUUAUUAAUUCACCAAUUAGCCAGGUAGGUGCUGUGUGGAGGCUGAUGGGAUUCAUCACCACCUGAGAUAAAAGAAAGGUAUUAGAAUAUGUUAAAGCAUAUUUAUGUAACGUUUCAAACAGAUUUUUGGUCUUUUUUUUUAACAGGGACAUGUGGGUUAAGUUUGUUGCAGAUUUUAAAUGUUAUAAUAUUGGCCUUGUGAGCGCACUUUUUAACCAAAACAAUGGGAAGAUUGAAGCUGAAAGCAGGAGUCCUGGAAGAAAAUGAGCAUUACUGGGGUACCAAGAAUAUUUGGAAAUCGAACAGUUGAAGCUGUCAUGGCUCAACCAUGAGCCUGUUGUUGUCGCAGCAAACGUCUGUACUGUCAUUUCUGGAUCCUGCCCCAUACUGAUCUCAA